GAGAGACGCUAAUGGAAGUAAUAGAAUCGAACGGUAUGGCUGAUUGGGAAGUAUCUUUUGCGAAUGCUGCGGCAAAGAUCGGUCCAUCAGACCUUGCGAAUUACCUCGAAAAAGUGCCGGACAAGUAUCCGCCUGUGCCGAUGUUUCAAAUAUCGAGAUUUCUCGAUUUCUAUGACACUGCACUUCCCGGAGUAUCAUGCCCAUGGCUUGAGAUGUUCAAGGAUUCUAAUUUGCCCAGGGUGUUCGAUAUGAUCGAUGCGAGCUAUUACUUCUCUUAUGUUUUUGUGUGUGAAUCUAUAUUCUCUAGGUUAGUUUUAUCGUGAGGCUGAUGAUGAUUUUUUAUAUAAAUAAUUAAACAGGUUCCG